AUGAACCCCAAUUGGAAGUCAUUACUGUCACCUGCUUCAAUAUCGCUUUUUAAAGACGAAUGGACGGAGGCCUUUCAAACUCCGCUGGUUGUUUCACGGGAAGUGCCGUUAGAAGCAUAUUCUUCAUGGAGUGAUUUGAAAGAAGCCAUUUUAGACGAAGACGAGUACGAAGAGGACGUUGUGUUGACUUCACAAGAAGUCAAUACUUAUGGGUGCAAACCCGCAAGAGAAGAAUCUGGAGUUAUACAAUGUAAUACAUGUUCGAAAAAACUGUUUGCAAGUGGUUUUGUAGAGCAUACUGAAAAUUGUGAAAAGAUAAAAGUGAUGUCUUUGACAUCCACAAAGAAGAAACCUGUAGAUGAGAUACCUGUAAAUAAAAACUCAAAAGAUAUAGAAAGCACAUAUGUUUCAAAUAAAAAACGUAAACGAUCCGUUACUUCUGAGGGACCAAUUGACUUGGAUAAACAAUGUGGAGUAAUUGAACAUACCGGUACGCAGUGUUCACGUUCAUUGACUUGUAAAAGUCAUUCUAUGGCCUUGAAACGAGCAGUUCAGGGUCGUUCACAACCAUUUAACACAUUGCUCUCUCAGUAUCAAAAGAAGUCAAUUGGUCGCCCACAAAAUAAUGGUGUGCCAGACAAUAAAGCAGAAAAUGGCAAGAAGGAUGGAAGUACAGUAGAAGUCGGCGAAAAUGAUGAUGGAGUCGUUGAUUCAGACGAAGAAGUUGAUGCAGUUAUGGAAGCUAUCAUGUGUAGCAAACCACAACCACUUGUUACUCGGCCGGAAUCAUACGUUCCAUCUACAAUAGCCGAGAGUAUCCAAAAUCGUAUGACAGGUCUUGCAG